AUGAACACCAAUGUCUGCGUGGAGCCCGGGCCGAGCCCGGAGGCCCCGGGCUUGCCCAAGGAGAGCCACCUGCCCGAGGGGGCCCUGAACAGCCUUGUGGAUUACAACUCGGAGAUGGAGCGCUACCGCUCCUUCGCCACCUCCUUCUACAAGACCAACGGGGGCGCCUUCCCGCAGGCGGCCAAGAUCGCGCGCAUCACCACCCCCAUCUUCCCCAGCAGCGCCGCCGCCGCCGCGGCCGCCGCGCGCAUCGGCAUGUCCCCCUGGAACUGUGACAACGCGGCCACCGCCGCCGCUGCCACCGCCAUGCUCUGGGGCAGCGGCGGGGGCGGGGGCGGCGGCGGCGGGGGCGGGGGCGGGGGCGGCGGGGGCGGCAGGAAAUCCUCCUCCGCCGCCGCCUCCUCCUCCGCCUCCUCCUCGGCGAUCCUCCCCGCGGCCGCCGGCGGCGGCGGUGGCGGCGGCGGCGGUGGCGGCGGCGGCGGUGGCGGCGGCGGCGGCGGCGGCGGUGGCGGCGGCGGCAGCAGGACCAGCAUGCACCACCGAAACGACUCCCAGCGGCUGGGGAAAGCUGGCUGCCCGCCAGAGCCGUCGUUGCAAAUGGCAAAUACUAAUUUCCUCUCCACCUUAUCCCCUGAACACUGCAGACCUUUGGCGGGGGAAUGCAUGAACAAGCUCAAAUGCGGCGCUGCUGAAGCAGAGAUAAUGAAUCUCCCCGAGCGCGUGGGGACUUUUUCCGCUAUCCCGGCUUUAGGGGGCAUCUCAUUACCUCCAGGGGUCAUCGUCAUGACAGCCCUUCACUCCCCCGCAGCAGCCUCAGCAGCCGUCACAGACAGUGCGUUUCAAAUUGCCAAUCUGGCAGACUGCCCGCAGAAUCAUUCCUCCUCCUCCUCGUCCUCCUCAGGGGGAGCUGGCGGAGCCAACCCGGCCAAGAAGAAGAGGAAAAGGUGUGGGGUCUGCGUGCCCUGCAAGAGGCUCAUCAACUGUGGCGUCUGCAGCAGUUGCAGGAACCGCAAAACGGGACACCAGAUCUGCAAAUUUAGAAAAUGUGAAGAGCUAAAGAAAAAACCUGGCACUUCGCUAGAGGUCAGAGGAGAUGAUUUCUUGUUUCCCAGUCUCCCCCCUUCCCUCCUCACGCCCCUCUCUUCCCCCCCUCUUCAGGGCCUCUGGUCUGGCUUCAGGAUGCAGUGCCCCCUUGCCGAAGCCUCUCUCAGGUGUAAGACCCAGUUGUAG